AUCUUCUUAUUGAACUUUCUACUGUCAUUCGUAUUAACUGUCAGUGCUGUCAAAUAAUUCUCUAAUUCCGAAUGGUUUUUAGCAUUGUGUUGCGCUGGGGAAAGUAUAAAAAAUUAAGAUUCGUAGAAAAUUUUGUGUAAAUAUUAUUAAAUAUAUAUGAUAGAAUGAGCAAAAUAUAUGGAAAUAUUGGAUUAAUUAUAUUAAAUGUGUGACCGAUGUGAAUAUAAGUGCGAAAGAUAGUUUUUUUUUGGAGGAAUUACUGCACUGUUAGCAAAAUAGGAGAAAUUUUGAUGACGGCCAAGAGUGUGUGCGUAUGUGCUUUUGUGUGUGAGCUUGUAUUGUUCACGAAUAAAAUAGCAUAAUUAAAAGAUGUAAAGGAAGUUAAAGCGAUAAGAAAAUAAAUAUUUAAAAUUAAAAAGUUUGCUUUCUGAGUAUUAUUUAUAACAGAGGCAAAACUUAAUCGAAUAUAUGAAAAUUCGUUAAAUAGUUACAGUAGCUUUCUUAAAGCUUAAACUGAUCUGAUAAAAGAGCGGAGUGGCUGUUAUUAAAGUUAAAGCGGGGGCGUCAUUUGUUUCAUCUUGAUAUCAGUAAAGUCCUAUGGCUUAAAAAUAAAAUAUAUAAUGUAAAAACAAUUACAGGCGAUACUAUUAUCCAAUUUCCUCAGAAAGUAUGAGCUGGGGCUUAAGCUGAACAAUGACAUCAAUGGCCAAAAUCUACCAAAAAACCAGAACAACAUCAGAUGCAUUUAAAUCAUUAUUUGCAAAUAUUAAUAUAUCGUGCUCUUGCAUUAUAUGCAGAGAUAUAUUAUUUUUGUAAUAAAAAUAAUAAAGUGAAGCCGAUACUACAUCAACAAUCAGUCAUUCCAAAGUGUACAACUUAACUUAUAACAGCCUUCAGAGUUCAGUGCCACAGGCUAUCGCUAAGCGCCCGCACAAUCGCUUCUUGUUUAGUAAAAUAUACAAGAAUUAAAGACAAAAUUUGCAACCAUGAAUUCAACUGUGUACACCAAUAGUGUCACUAUCAUCAGCAGUAACAGCAAUAGUCACAAUCACAAUAACAGCGCCAACAUCAACAAUAUUACAAUUACAAGUAACAGCAAUGCGAAUAAUACAAAUAACUUGCCUGCCUCCACACCCGUAGCUACGAAUCAUACAACAACUACGCACAUAACAGCAACAACAAGUAGCGAUACAACAGUUCUAACAGCGACAGCUGGAGGUGAUGCAGCAAAUGUACCGCUUAUGACCAAUAAUACAAGUAACAAAAGCGUAGCAGCGCUUGAUGAACAAGAGGCGUUACUACAACGUGCAGCAGAUGAACGUGAAGCAAUUUUCAAUCGUUACUCUUUGGGUUUGGAUCCUACGAAUGUGGUCGACCCUUGGGAGAAUCCCACAUUUGAGCUCUACCAUAUUACAGAUAAAUAUGGCUUCAUGCACGAUUCCCGCCUGCCCGACACCCGCGACUCACAGGAGCUGCAGCGUACCAAAAUCGAAUUGGAGCGCGACAAGAAAUGGAUGAAAAUGCUUGCCAAUUGGAAUCCCAAUAAUGAGAAAGUGCGACGACGUGUCUUCAAAGGUAUACCAGAUCGUAUGCGUUGGCCAGCGUGGAAAAAAUUGCUGAAUGUUGACGAAUUGAUUGCCGCUAACCCAGAUAAGUAUGCGUCUAUGUUGGCAUUGGCGCGUAAAUACUCCACCGAGGUGCGUCAAAUCGAUUCGGAUGUAAAUCGACAAUUUCGUGAUAAUGUCGCCUACCGUCAACGGUAUAGCGUUAAACAGUGCUCCCUCUUCAAUGUGCUAAAUGCGUAUAGUAUAUAUAAUCCAGAAUUGGGUUAUUGUCAGGGUAUGGCAUGUCUGGCCGGUGUGUUAUUGCUAUUUAUGCAGGAGGAAGAGGCAUUUUGGGCGUUGAAUCAAUUAAUUAUAGAUCGUAAAUAUGCCAUGCACGGCCUGUUCAUAGAGGGCUUCCCCAAACUGACGCGCUUCCUUGAACACCACGAUCGGAUACUGACGAAGAUGAUGCGUAAAUUGCACCAACAUUUCAUGAAACACAAUGUCGAUGCUAUUCUAUACUCGAUUAAAUGGUUCUUUGUGAUCUUCGUGGAGCGGAUACCAUAUAGUUUAGCUUUGCGCGUGUGGGACAUUUAUCUGUUGGAGGGUGAACGUGUCGUCACUGCGAUGGCCGUCACCAUACUAUAUUUGCACAAACACGAAUUGUUGCGUCUCAAAGAUAUGGACUCAAUUAUUGAAUAUUUGCAAGUGAAAUUGCAUAAGAAUUUCGGUUACAACGACGACUACGUAAUUGAGGCACUCGAACGUAUGUUGAAAAAGUUGAAAGAAUUAAAAUUGGAUGUGGCACCACAGCCAAAGGCGAAUGAAUUCCCUGUUCGACCAUUGGGACAAUUCGUGGAGGCGGAUGUUGAAAAAAAGAUCGGGCGACGGCGUUCCGAAUAUACCGAUACAGAAAAACAAGUUAUAACUGAUGUGAUAUUGAGAUCUGAACAAAAUGCAGUAGAAGUACAAUCAACUAUGUCGUAUGAGACCUCUGAAUGCGCUACCGUAACGCUAAACGUACCCGAGGACUCGCACUCAAUACGAAGUUCGCUUGCAGGUACUUCGGUGGCCUCGCACGGUUCGUCGGAGACAUUCUCGCUGGAGGACAAUAAUAUUCACUUAAAGACGGCUAACGCCUUGCAAAAUACGCCACAACGUGAAAUAUUGCUUCUGAGCACCACCUGACGACAGGCAAAUCUCGCGGCAGGGACAGCGACUACGUCCACGUCGUGUACAUCUAUAACAGCGGCGAGCGGCGGUGUGUCCGGUACCGUAAUGAAUACAUCUACUUCCACAUCGUCAGCAUCGGUCUCGGCGUCAGCAACGCCAACAAAACACUUUACAGUAUCGCCUUCAGCAACACCACCGCCGCCGCCAACUACAACACCAACACCAACACCUACGCCAACGCCAACACCAACGCGUCAACAGCCAACAACUGCACACACUGCUAUGCCGCCGAUGUCUAUGUCGCCUUUACGACGCGCAGGCGGCGGUGCUGCGCUGUCAAUUGGAUAGCAGCCGCAGCAACAACAAAAGCAUCAUCACCAAGUGACGCAAAAAUUAGGCGGCAUUUAUCAUAUGCGUUCACCAAACGGCACAAUUGUCGAGGAAGAGUGUGUCCAGGAGCAAUUUAGCAAUUCAUAAAUUCAACCAAAUAGAAUUACCAAUCGAAAGUGCUUUCUUUUCCACGCAAAUACAGUGAAGGUGCGGAUGGUAAUCAUAAGAAUUAAAUAUUAUUUACUUUUUGUUAAACAAAACAUUUUCAAAUUGUAAGUACAUAGAAUUAAUUGUACCUUCUUAUUUUUCUUCCUUUCUUUUUUUUAUUGGUGCUUGUUGUACAAGAACUUUGUUUAGAAUUAAAACCUUUUCGUAUUACCUUUAAGAACGACAUUUUGUAUAUUGAUUUUCAUAAAUAUUUCAUUUUUAUUUAUGAUUACAAUACAUUUUAUAAUUCGAGCUUUGCAUGAGAAAUUAAAAAGUCGCGGAUUAAAUCUCUAAGUAACAACCUGUUUCUAUAUAACACUUUUCGCAAUAAAAUAAUUGGCAGAUUUAAUUUUGAAUAAUGUAAUCUUAUUCUUAAGCUAGUUUGAUCCAAAGUUUGUAUUAAAAGGUUACAAAAAACGGCAUAUUUUUAAUAUUUUUUUUUUUAUAUAAAAAGUUAUAUAUUUUAUUCAAACUUUUCAUUAUUUGAAGUAUACAUAUAUAUUUUACAAAGAUUUUGUGAAGUUUUCAAUUCGAAAAUUUCAAAACUUGGUCAUUACAACGUCGUUUUCGGCAGAAGAACUUCUUACAGGAAGUCUCAUCAAAAGUAAAAAAGCAAAAAAUACGUGCUUUGGUUAAACCCAUAAACUAGGUAUUGAAUGAAGGAAAAAUAAAAAAGUGGAAAUUUUAUUUAUGGCAGACGUUUUUACAAAAAAAAUUAAGAUUUUCUUAAAUUAUUUUUGUUUUUGUUAUUUUGAAAAGUUGUAAUUGAACAAAAAACUUCUUCGUUCAAGACCUGGUAAUUAAAUAAUUAUAUCUCGAAGACCUGUGUAAAAUUUCAUUAAGAUCAGUUGAGUACUUCAUGAGAAAUAUUGACAACCGACAUUGAAAACAGUUUCGAGAAAAACGCGUUUUAAGUGGCUAUAUAGCUGACCUCGAGCACGCAACAUUUCAAGACUAAAACUCCAAAACUAUUACUCGGACCAAUAUUCUAAAGAUGUUAAAGAAUUAAAUAAGGAUUUUUUUUUGUUUUGAAACCGUGAAACCGAUGUAACCCCUUAAGUCAACAUCAGUAAACUCGCAGUCUGUAAAUUGACUGUUAAAAUAUUACAUAGUCUUACUUUUGAAACCAAAUUAAAAUGUAAAUUUUAAGAAAUUUAUUUGCUCAUAAGUUUUUUACAAACUCUGUCCGUUUAUCCGUUUAAGCACUUCCUAUUAACGGGAACAUCAAAAUUUUGAAUGAAAGACAUCAGAGCGACUUAAUGUACUGUUCAUAACUUGUCAGUUUGACUUCAUAUUUACAAUAUUUAUUAACUAGUUUAAAUAAUAACCUCAAUCAUUCCCCAAAUGCUUUUGAAGUAUGCUGUCAAGUUAACGGUCCUUGGUAGGAAAAAGUUAGUUACAGGCUGUUCUACUUAGCCUAUCCUCAUAACGCUCAUAAUCGAGUCCUUUGUCUUAACACUUAUAUUUCCUUUCUUUAAGGCAUUUACACUUUCUGCAAAAGUUUUUUAGAAUACAAUUCCAUUCCUCAUAUGUAUUGUAUAUGUGUACCUUUUUUACUUUAAAAAGUAGUAUUAUGUGCUACGUUUCGCAACAUUACAAAUACACAUCUUUACAAAAUUUUAGCAUUUUUAUAUGUAAAAGUAUGCAUUAUACAAUUUUUUAAAUAUUUUUUUCUAUAGCAAACAUGUAUGGUAUUAAAUAAAGUUAAAAGCUCUUGCAUGCAUACAUACAUGUUACAAAUUUAUAAGAAAUAACAAAAGUUUUACUGUUCUUCAAUAAAUUUAGAAUGCAAAGCAAUAUAGGCGAACCACUAAAUAGAUGGUAUAACUCAAAACGUUUACAAGUUCAAUGGCAUAAACGCAUACAUAGUAGUUACAUACAUACAUACAUACAAAUAGACAGGCUUGCAUUGCAUUUAUUAACAGCAAGUAAAAUUCAAUGCAAAUGAAGUAUAAAAAGUGGAAACUUUAAAUAUUCACAAAUGUUAAGCCAAAAUUUACAAAACAGCAGAGUUUAAACCAUUUACAGUUCACAGUUAAAGAAAAAAUAAUGUUAGUUGUAAAUUAUUAUUAUUAAAUAUUGAAAGUGAAGAGUGAAAAACGCACUGCAAGUGGCACUAAUGAUUAACAAAAACAAAACAAAACAAAAACGUUAAUGAAUUACGUCCAUUUAUAAGAGAAAUAAAAUUACAAAACGAAUGAGAAUAAAAGUCAAUGUGUAAAAAGCAAAUAUUAGCAAUAUACAUAUAUAAUUAUAAUACGCAAAAUUGAAUUGAAAUAAUAUAAUUUUUAUAAAUAGUUUAAUAAUUUGUGUUAUACAUAUGUAUGUAUUGUAUAUUUCUAUGCUGUACUGGAAUUCUUCAUGGCAGUGUCCCUAUGAAGAAUUAUUUUUUAUUUGUAAUAUUACUUUUUAAGUAUAUAUUUGUAUAACUAUUUAUGCUUAAGUCACUAAGUGUGCUAAAUAUAUGCUUACGACAUGCAAAAACAGUUCAGAUAUGUACAUAUGUGUGUACAUACACAAAGAAGCAUGUAUAUAAAGAAAUAUUUAUUUUAAAUUUGGCGUCUAAAAGAAAACAAAAAUAUAUUUUACCAAAGUGAUACUCGCUAAUGUUUAUAUUUUCAAAAAUUAAUAUGCAAAACUCAAAGAAAAUAAAACACUUUAUAAAAGAAAAAUUACCACACUUUGUAUACAUAUGUAUGUGCGUAUACUGCUAUACGUACUAUAGUGCUUAUUUACGUUAAUAUUUAAAGACUAUCAUUUCUAAAGUCAAUAAAGACAGCAUUUGCUAUAAUACAAAA